CAUGGGUGGUGUGUGGCGCCGUGCCUGUGAUGGCGCGUGAUCGCUGUCUCUGACCCUGUUCUCUACUACUCACUUGUACGCCGCUUGGGCAGCAGCGUCUGCUAAAUGUAAUAAAUGUCAUUAAACAUGGAAGACACUUGUAAAGACGGAUACUGGAGACAGUUGGAGACGUUUCUUUAAAAACGGGCUUUUUCAGUUUCCCCGCCAGCAUAAGGUGCAUUAUUUUUUCCCUAACGACAUAGGCGGAUAUCUGUCAAGUGUAUUGAAAUACGUCUGUGUAAGGGGAAAUGUUUGGUCGAGAUUAAAGAAAGGGCUGAGAACUUGUUAGAAAAUUAGAAUAUUUUCACACAAUGCCUUUUAGAUUUCCAUCGUUAUCACUUGCUAAACUAGCACUUUUAUGACCUAUUACUCGUCAACGUUGGGUCGGACUUGUUCUCUGCUUUCAUUGGAUAGCGGCUCCUCUCUGCACAAGCCAAUGAACGCGCUCCGUGCUCCUACAAGAAGGUAGCCCAGGCGUUUGUAGCUCACUCUCGAUUUUUCGUAGUAGAACGGUACAAUGAGCGGAAGAGGCAAAACCGGUGGAAAGGCUAGAGCCAAGGCAAAGACCCGUUCUUCUAGGGCUGGUCUUCAGUUUCCCGUUGGCCGUGUGCAUAGGCUGCUACGCAAGGGCAACUAUGCUGAGCGUGUUGGUGCUGGCGCUCCGGUGUACUUGGCUGCUGUGCUCGAGUAUCUGACGGCUGAAAUUUUGGAGCUGGCUGGGAACGCUGCCCGGGACAACAAGAAGACUCGCAUUAUCCCGCGACACCUGCAGCUGGCUGUGCGCAACGAUGAAGAGUUGAACAAGCUGCUGGGUGGUGUUACUAUCGCCCAAGGUGGUGUUCUGCCUAACAUCCAAGCUGUGCUUCUGCCCAAGAAAACCGAGAAGCCAGUUAAGGGCAAAUAAGUGUGUGACCCACGUUGAAAUCUUCCCAAAGGCUCUUUUAAGAGCCACCUAUAUUAUCAUAAGAGGCAUUGUACUCUAAACCGAUAUUAGCGACCGUCCUUCUUAGCGAGUAACUUUGAUUUGCUUUACUAAUAAGAAGUUGCUCUACGGAUGCGCGUGAGACACGUGGUAUGUUGGUAUGCGAUAUAUGGAGAUACUAGUUUGGUUUAUUAAUACCGAAGAGCUCACUGUACGUCGUCUUGAUUCUUUGUAUUCCUUUAAUUAUAGGCACGUAGCUUUAUCUACACAUUCACGCAUUUGUACUGAGCUUGAUAUUGCAUGAUUUCAUGUUACACAUUUGUUUCUUUUGAUUCCGUCUGUAAUGUGCGGACACUCAAUUCUAAACAUUUAAUUCUACCAGCGGACAGCCAGUCAUGGUACUUCACUAUAGAAACCUAUAUCGAUAACAGGGCGACGUAAAGUAUUUAAGCUAUGGGUCAAAUAGUAUUUAAACGGCAGUGCUAUUCAUGGAUUGGGGAAA